AGUGGAGGAUUUGGCGAAUCGGAUGAGCACCUGCUAGCCUUGAAGGGGAAGCGGAGCACUGGCCCGCGGUGCUCUCGCCACUUCCGGCCGUCACUCAUCGUGAAUUCGAAGCCCAGUCAUGGAAGCUACUUGGUUCAGCUCUCACGUCUUCCGUCCCCAUAGCUCUGGAACUAAACCUAAGUUACUUAGAGGUAGCCAAGCAGAACAAAUCCAAUUUUACUGUAUAAAGAGCCAUAAAACUGGGGUUUCUGCAUUUGAAAGAAGGCAAUCCCUAUUUUUGAACGGGUCCUUGUUUGAUAGAAUAAAUCGGAAGCAUUAUGUUAACUUCUCUGAUAAGCGUCGAAGUGAAUAUUUGCAUGUGGAACCCCCAAAUAUCCAGCAUUCAAGUCAGGAAGUUGUUCCACCAACUCAAAGUGAUGGAGCAGAGUUUCUUGUGUCUCCUGAUCCCAGUAACUCCAGAAACCUAAACUUGAGAUCCAAAAAGUAUAAAAAUAGGUUUCUUGAUUUUGUUCGCUUGAGUUCUGUCCUGAAUGGAAUUGCUGAAUCAUUUUUCAAAAGUGAGAUACGGAGGAGGUUAUUUGUGACUGCUGUACUAAUUGUACUCAGUCGUGUUGGUUAUUUUGUUCCUCUACCUGGAUUUGAUAGGAGGUUGAUACCACAAGACUACCUGAGCUUUGUCUCAGGAUCUGUUGAUGAACUUGGUGACUACACCUCUGAGCUCAAACUUUCUCUUUUCCAGCUUGGAAUCAGCCCUCAGAUUAUAGCAUCCAUUAUUAUGCAGGUUCUCUGUCAUGUGGUUCCUUCUCUAGUGAAACUGCGAAAGGAAGGUCUAGAUGGACAUGAGAAGAUAAAGAGUUAUAUAUGGUGGAUGUCACUUGGCUUUGCGAUUUUGGAAGCUCUAAUACUUGCCUGCUACUCACUUCCAUAUUCAAUUUAUGCUGCCAGUCAAAGGGUCAAGCAUGUGAUGGUGACAACUCUUUUGUUGGUGUGCGGUGCAAUGACUAUUACAUGGAUAUGUGAUACCAUCUCAGAAUCCGGCUUUGGUCAAGGUUCAUCACUUAUUAUAUGUGUGGGGAUAUUGACGGGUUAUAUGGAGACGUUACACAAAAUGCUGACUCAGCUCUCAGUGAGUACUGUUAGCUGGUGGCCCUAUGUACUUGCAGUGUUGGGUCUAUUUACAAUUGUCACUAUGUGGGCAGUUGUAGUCACUGAAGGUUGCAGGAAAGUGAAACUUCAAUAUUAUGGCUUCAAACUUGCUUCUGCUGCAAGAGAGCAAUCCCCAAUUACUGAAGUGGAGCCCUAUAUUCCUUUCAACAUCAAUCCGUCAGGAAUGCAACCUGUUCUUACCACCAGUUACCUCUUGGCAUUUCCAAGUAUUCUUGCAAGUUUGCUUGGUUCACGUUUCUGGGAGCAUGUCAAGGACAUAUUGAACCCUGAUACAUCUGCUGGUGCUGAGCCUUGGGUUUACUACUCCAUCUAUGCCUUUUUUGUCUUCUUGUUCAAUAUAUUUGAUAUUGCCAACUUGCCCAAGGAAAUUGCUGAUUACCUGAAUAAGAUGGGUGCCAGGAUACCUAACAUAAAGCCUGGGAAGGCUACAAUAGAAUACCUUUCGAAAGUUCAGGCAUCCACACGAUUCUGGGGGGGGCUGCUGUUAAGUGUACUGGCGACUACAUCAAGUAUUCUUGAUCAUUAUUUACGGCGCACUAAUGCUGGAUUUGCAAUUGGGUUUACAUCAGUCUUGAUUAUUGUUGGUUCCAUUAUUGAGCUUAGAAGAUCGUAUCAAGCGUAUAAUGUAAUGCCAAGUUUAAGCAAGGCCCUGAGACGGUAUGGCGUAUAGCUUCUGGAAAUGCCUUGCUGCUCUACUCUUCCUUGCUAUCCAAACCUGGAGGGCAACGAUUUAGUCACCAUUAGUAAGUAGCAGCAAGAUGGCCCUUCGCCCCUCUGGUACACAAUUUCCCUGUAGAGAGAUAUUGCGAGGGCGUCAGUCUAGUUUUGGGGUGAUGAUGUCAUCUACCAGUGUUUGCUGCCUGUUUGUAAUAGCGAGAAGCCUCUGUGUAAAUCUUAGGGGAAAGAAAUUGUCUUACUGUAUCCAAGAAAUUUUGGUUAGCUUAUUGCUAUAGAUAGCUUAGUAUCUGUUAAGGAAAUUCACAUUUGUUAUAGCUGUGAGAUGUAAUUCUAGAAGUGAGAUGCGGGGAUAUGCAAGGUUACGAAGAGCAUAGCAAUGGCGUGAAGAGAAUUCCAUCUUCGGUUUAGCCCGUACUUCACACAAAAUGGAUCUAGUAUACUUUGCUUUUUUGCAAUUUUUUUGUUCAUUUUUUGUUUGUUAA